GUUGUCCGCUUAUUGUCCCUAGUCAGGUUUAACGUUUGCACAAUGAUUUUAAUAACCUUAGCGUUGAUAUUUGCUACCCUCUACGGUAAUAUACUUUUGUACUAUUUGGAAGACGAUUUACCGGUUUUGGAGUAUUUGGGUUGCAAAGAUUGCCUCCGCGUUUACGUACCGGUGUGUGGAACAGAUAAUAAAACCUACAAUAACGCAUGCAAGUUGAACUGUUUAAACACGUUCCGCAAAAAGGAGGAGUGGGUAUAUAUAAAAAGAUAUGGGCCAUGUGUCACCAUUUCAAUUCAAUUCAAUAGUUUGUUUGGAAGAAUUGAUUGAUGAGACAUUAAAUGGAAAAUAAUUAUUUUAAAAUUACAUUACAAAUGAACUGAAACUUAAUAACAAUAAAUGAAACGAUUUGUCGGAAAACAAAAAGAUGUUAAUGUUAAUUUUCUAUUGAAUUUUUUUUUUUUUCAAAAAAAAAAUGCGAUUUAGUUUUUUGUAAAUGUUUCAAAUGGAAAAUAUCAAAUACAACAGAAAUUAUUACUUCUAAUUAUAAUGUCACAGUUAUGUAAAAUAUUUUUACAGUUGUCCGGCCAUAUUGAAUAAUAGUCUUUUAUUCCUCUCUUCCUGGUGAUGAGUAUUAAUUUAAAAAAAGCACCGUUUUUCAGAACUAGUUACUACUAAAGAAAUAUUGACUCUUUCAUUCAAUGCGUACGGUAGACAAACGCCUACAAUUUCUUCAUUCAAGACGUAUUUAAUAAAAACAUUAAAUAAA